AUGGUCUCAAGCCGAAGUUAUGCUCAUAUUGGCCCAAAGUCUCAACCCCAAGAAGAGAUCCAGAUCGUAUUUGCGAGCUGGAAAAUAUUCAAGGAAAAUGAGACGCUGAGAAAGCUGGUCACAUCCCAAUACCACUACCCAGCAACAUUAUGGGAGCCUAUGUGCCAUCUAUCCAAUGGAUAUGCUUCGUGUGCGAGUCGCAAUUACAAUGGAGCACAGGUCCACACAUCAUGGUUUCAUUUCCUGAUCAAGCAACUCGACGAGCCCAUCACCAUUGUCGACCCAGCAAAAUACCUCUGGCGCGAGAUCAAGUAUACAUGGUAUGAGAUGAGUUUCUACGUCUACUCACGGCAAGGGCCUAAGCCCCUCACUGUUCUAUUCUGCAUCGAUACGCCCCAGCACUUUGCGCCACAGCUCAUCAAGGCUCUAGAGUCGAGCAUACCAGACGUCACGCCGACUCCAGAGCCGUUGACCUUGCUGCAGAGCGCCGUGGUCAAGAUAUCUACAGAGCUAUACGAUUUUUCUGUCUGGACGAUUCGGAACCACAUCCGAGCCAUCGAAAAGCGUGCCGACGGUGCAGCACAGGCGAACUUUUCAUUCCGCGAACUACACGACCUUGCCCGUCACAUCAUCCACAAAUGUGAAGUCCUCAAGGUCGCCGCCGACACGGUCCAGGAGUUGAUCGAGGGAUCUCGCCCGUCCGCAACAGGCAAGGCUUGCGUCUGUCAUCCAGCAGACGCCACCUUCUGGACUGAUUGUCCACACAAUCAAAUGCGUUUCUGGCAAAGGAUGUUGAAGAAUUUUGUUGGCCGGGCAGAUUCACUGAACUUGAGACUACACAAUGAAAUCAACCUGGGCUUCCACAAUGUCGUCCAGCGAGACAGCAGAGCCUCGAUCGAAACGAGCAUCCAGACUAUGGAAAUCAGCCAGGCAGCUAAGAGCGACAGCGCGUCCAUGAAGUCCAUCUCCUUUGUCACACUGGCUUUUCUCCCCGCCACAUUUGUCUCGACCCUGUUCGGUAUGGCAUUCUUCGACUUCUCGCCCGACAGCGAAGACGAACGAACAUGGGCCAUGUCGCCUAAAUUCUGGAUUUAUUGGGUCAUUGCCGGACCCCUGACGUUGAUUACACUGUGUGUCUGGGCAUAUAUUCAACGAACAGACAUCACCCGUUGGUUUAAAGUGAAAAGAUCUCUUCGAGCAGACAAGAGAGCUGAAAAGGCCGCCAGAAAAGCCAAAGUUUUAGCUGAGGCGAAAGCCCGGUUGGGAAUUCCCAAUGGUGGGGUGGUUUGAUUGAACAGAGAUAAGAACCAUGGGAGUGGAUUAUUGCGAAGGCGUAUGAGGAAUGAAUAUGGAAGAUCUAAUGAGUAAUGACCAGUGUCGGAUGACAUGAAGUGAUGACCUGAAGGGGUCUUUUUACCCCUGACUUUAGGCCAGGAGUCUGGAAGAUGGAUGAUGUUUACUUGUCCAACUAUGAUACUCUCAUUGGCAUCAUUUCGGGCUAUUAAACUAUCCAGAUAGACCAUUGAUUGACCAUCGCAGUUUCAGACAACCUAAAAUGUGA